AUGGCACGGAAGACGACUCGGCGCUCGACAGCGAAGCAAGCAGAAGGAGAAGAGCCCGAUGAACCUACGACAAGCACUGGCAGUGAUAGCGACUUCGAGACCGAUGAUGUCAUCGAUACCGCAGCAGCCUACAAGGAUGCGGUGAAUCUGCCUGCGCAUCAGACGAAGCAUCUCUCCGAGCUGGUCUACCGCAUUCCGCGCAUCGACACCGCCUUUCAAUUGGUGCAGCGAAAUGACACGAACAGUACAGGCUCCUCGCUCUGGCUUUCAUCGCAGGUCCUGUCGGCCUUCCUGCUGCACACGUAUGCCAAACCCCAGCUGAGGACCGCCAGUAAUGUGAAACGCAAGAGGAUGCUCGAGCUCGGCUCUGGCACGGGGCUCCUUUCGCUGCUCAUGGCUCGGCUCGGUUGGGACGUGGUAGCCACCGAUAUCGAGCCUGUGCUCGACUCGGUUCUGCGCCCCAACAUUGAUGCCGGGCUGUGCCAGCUGGUCAAUGAGGGUCAUGCGGAUCCGGAACAGAUUCGCGUGUGCAAGCUCGACUGGACAGCAGCUGAGGAGUGCAAGACUGGGAGCCUGCGGGACACAAUCUCGGGGAUGGAUUCAACCGAGUCCUCUGGCACUUCUGGUGAGCCGCGUCUCGAUCUCAUCGUCACCGCCGAUACGAUUUACGAGCCGGGUCUCAUUCGACCGCUCUUAUCGACCAUCUCCCACUUCUAUCGACGCCAGACCGAUGCUAAACCCACGAUCCUGUUGGCACUCGAACGCCGCGACCCCGCUCAUAUUGACCACGCUCUGCAGAUUGCACGCGACGAGUUCGACCUUCCCUUGAAGCAGAUCCCCGCAAAGCGUAUUCGCAAGAUCUUUGAUACCCUUGGCGACGGCGCCACUUGGUCGCGAGACGACUGGAGCGGCGUCGAAAUUUGGAAGCUGUAG